UAAUAGAAUAGAUAUCUCUCUUGGUCACCAUUUUCAUUUUCUUUCUUCCAGUAAUUUGCUUCAUCAUUAUGGCUGUGAACCUUGGGAACUUGGCGUUGCUACUGGACCUGACUUCGCCGCGGAGCGUGAUUCUGGAGAGGAAAGCGCGUCCCGCCGGAUCCGACGUCGUUUUGUGCGCGCCGCCGUCCAAGAGGGACUACCCCUCCUCCUCCUCCUACGCGGUGGUGGCGCGUGGGAAGUCGAACUCGGAGAAGAACGGCGUGGAUUUCGACAGCGACGAGGAGGAGGAGGAGGAGGAGGAGGGGGGAGGCGGCGGUGGGGGGUUCGUGGACUGGGAGACGGAAAUGCGGCAGAGAGUGAGGGAGUUCGAGGAGAGGAGGGAGCUCGAGAAGAAGGCCGAGGAGUUGCAGAGUCGCGUUGGAGAGGAAGGCGAGGAGGAAGAAACCGAGGAAGAAAAGAGGAUGAGAGUCAGGAAAGAGCUCGAAAAGGUAGCUAAGGAACAGGCAGAGAGGAGGGCCACUGCUCAGUUGAUGUUUGAUUUGGGUCAGAAGGCUUAUGGGAAGGGAUCCUAUGGACGUGCCAUUGAGUUUCUUGAAGCUGCACUUACUAUCAUACCCGGACCUACAUUAUUCGGUGGUGAGAUACAAAUAUGGCUGGCUAUGGCUUAUGAAGCCCAUAACCGCCAUAAAGAUUGCAUUGCUCUAUACCGACAAUUAGAAAAGACGCACCCAAGUGUUAGCAUCCGACGCCAAGCUGCAGAGCUUCGUUACAUUUUACAAGCGCCAAAGCUCAAGAUAUCCCAGGAGGAGAUGGUGACUAUACCCUUGAUUGGUUCUACUUAUGACAGCUAUGCGGCAACAUGGAGUGAUAAAUACAAGGACAAUGAUAAAAAAAUUAGUGGAUCAGUCACGAAUCAGCUUCCAUCAUCUAAAGAUUACCUUGGGGACUUUCUUGUAUGGAAACCUCCUGUCGGGUUAGGGAAAAAUCGAGCUUUCUGGGUUGGCCUAACAAUAUGGUUGGGAUUAGUUGGAGCUGCCCUCUUUAUUCAAAGAUAAACUACACUUAAAACACGGAGUUUGAGUUCUCCAAUUUGUGAUGUAUACCUUCUAAUUUGUUGUUAUAGUUUUUCUUUUUAGUUUAUAUGAUGUGAAGUCCAUGUUGUAACAUUAUUAUAGAAUGUAUGGAAUAGAUUUGUAAAUUUAUUGUGUGUAUCAAAUAGAUGAAGAUGUUAUAUUAUCCUACUGUGGUGCUUUUAUGUUGAAA